CGCGAAUAAGGGGGUGUCCCUAAAUGGAAGUGCAAAACAACGCGCAAACAACGCGAACAACAUUCUGAAUCACCAAGUACUGCAGCUUAAAUUUAUACUAGCAAGUACUAGUAGCACAUAUACCCUGGCCUUACUGGUACAAUAUCAGUGCCUCGAAAACUCCACGAAGGAUGUCGACUCACCUUGCGAUACUGCCACUUGACAUUAUUGACGCACUGACUGCGCGGCUAAAUCAAGAAAACUGUCAUGCCGACUAUGCGACUCGAUUUCUAAGACUUCCACACCCGCGUACAGGUCUCGCAUCGCUGUUUCUUCUUCAUGAUCAACAUGCGCAGGAUGAUACCAUAAAGACGAGUUCCAUAUCGGAGGUGCAAGCUAUAUCCCCGGCCAAUGCGCGGACCUGGUUCAUAGGAGAGGAAGUCAUCGCUGAUGGAAAACUUAUGGUGAUGACACCCAUGGACCCCAUGUUCUUGCUCAUGUAUCUUUUGCGCGUUCCACAAGCGCGCGACGGCUCGAAAGGCAACUUCCGACCUCUGCAGGAUAUUAUAGAAGAAGUCUCUGCAACGAUUGCUGAUGCAUCCGAGAAAGAAGCUCAGAAAGACCCGUCAUUAAAGAUCUCUGCAGACGACAUUAUUUCCUUUCUGUCUCUGGAUUUUGUCCAAUCUUCUAUAAAGCGUGUCUGCGACAUUAAAGUUGUUACGGAGGAGAUUACAGUAUACAGAUACUCUCAUGACAUUGUGCUAGAAAAUCUUAAGCGGAAGGUGGGACGCUUAUCCGACCCUAGGGUCGCAGAGAUGUCUCGCACUUUGGUACGGAACCUUGCAAAGGAUGGUCUGAUGGACGAUGGAAAAGAAGAACUGCUUGAAUCGGGACGGAUCAAGUUAGCCUGCGAGUUGCUAUCGCAAUAUCUGCCCCGGGAUGUAUUGCAGGAUUUGAUUGCGUCUUACGAUUUUUCCAAACUGGAUGCCCAUUUAAAAACGAUCAGGGACGAAGAACUCGCUUUACUCGCUGUAGCUCCCGAUACCAGGAAGAGAACCAAGGCUACGAAAGCUGUUGCGGCUGGCGAUAAAAAUCAGAAGAGGAAAAAGGACGCCAAGAAUACUGACGCCGAUGCAGCUGGCGAUGGAGAUAAGAAGAAGAAGAAAGACGCAAAGUCGUCACAUGGCGUGGAGCAGCUGAAGAAGGCCAGCGUGGCAGGAAUGUCAAAAUUGUCCACGUUUUUCACGAAGAAAACUGGAUAAUUGCAACUUCGAGUCAUGCGCCUUACGACGACCCCAUGCUUUGGCCCUUUUACAGGCACACUUGUUCGACCUGUUAGCUCAGGAAGACUCCGCAAUACCAUAUUUUGGACAUAUUCUCACUGAGUCUACUGACACUUACUAUUAAUAUUCGGGAACGCUCUUGGAAAUAUGUAAAUCCCCACCUUACAAGUUGUUAGUAACACUGUGUUCGAAACAAUACAGUGACCGCACU